UUUGUGAUGUUUUAUUGUGUCGCGGAGAUUCCGGCGGCCUGGAGACCCGGAACAGUAAGAGGAAGCGGAGGCGGCGGUGGCGGGUCGCGCAGCAACGAAUCGUGCGGGGGUGGGGGCGUGAGCCCGCUGGAACACGGAUGUGAUCUUCAUGGUGUCGUGGUGGAAAUCUGAGUUUUAAAUUACCCCAAUGGAUGCAGAGAGUGAUGUUGCAUUGGACAUUUUAAUCACUAAUGUAGUGUGUGUCUUCCGAACAAGAUGUCAUUUAAACUUGCGAAAGAUUGCUUUAGAAGGAGCAAAUGUGAUAUACAAGCGUGAUGUUGGGAAAGUAUUAAUGAAGCUUAGGAAGCCCAGGAUUACAGCAACAAUUUGGUCCUCAGGGAAAGUAAUUUGCACAGGGGCUACAAGUGAAGAAGAAGCUAAAUUUGGUGCCAGACGAUUAGCCCGUAGUCUGCAAAAACUAGGUUUUCAGGUGAUUUUUACAGAUUUUAAAGUUGUUAAUGUUUUAGCAGUAUGCAACAUGCCCUUUGAAAUCAGAUUGCCAGAAUUCACGAAAAACAACAGGCCUCACGCUAGUUAUGAACCUGAACUUCAUCCUGCAGUGUGCUAUAGGAUAAAGUCUCUCAGAGCUACAUUACAGAUUUUUUCUACAGGAAGUAUCACAGUUACAGGACCAAAUGUAAAGGCUGUUGCCACUGCAGUGGAACAGAUCUAUCCAUUUGUGUUUGAAAGCAGGAAAGAAAUUUUAUAACUUGCCACUUCGUGGUUAGGCGACCUAACCAAGCACCUUCUAAAAGACUGCUGAACAUUGGACUUAAAGCAAAAACAAGAGGGUGGGGGUGGGGAAAGGACAACUGGACCAACACAGCUGAGGAGGUGCAAACUUUUUGCCACAGUGAUAAACUCCAGUCCUUUUUGGAUUUUAUUUUGAACAGUGCUGUAUUGUAAAAACAAAAGUUUACAAGAGAUGAAAUUGCUGCUUUUUACAAGACAUUCUAUUUAUUUCUGCAGUAAUUUCUCUAUGUGUUCAUAAGCAGAAUUGUCACGAUAUGCACUAACUUUGAAGACACUUCUUUAGUUUGAGCUUGUGUUUUAUUUGUGAAUAGUCUUUUACAUUUUUGUACGCUGACUGUUGGGCACCAAAGAAGCUGUAGACGUUACACUUUUUCACCUAACAAACGUGCACAAAUAAAGGUCUGCAAAAUCUCUCUUCAUACCUGUUCCGUUACAUUCCUUCUCCCUUUUCUAUUAACCAUUGUAUAUUGGCAAAGUAGCUUUAGAACUCUGUAUGUGUAAUCUUUUGCUUAUAUUUUGUUCCAGUUCUAGUGUGUAUGUAAAGUGAUCAGUAGCAGACUAGACUGAAAUUGGCAGAUGCUUAAGUUCCAAGGGCAAAAUUUGGCUUGCUAUAUUUUUUUCUUGUAACUAAAUGCAGAAUUUGGAGGAUUGCCUUCCUGCCAUGCUAAAUGAGAAUGUACUUUGCGUCGUAGUGAACUAUAGUGAAGAAUGUGAUUAAUGAAGAGAGAAAUUUUCAUUCUGAGGCACUUGCAGUUGUAAAAUCGGCCAUCCCUGUCUGCUUUCCAGAUGCAAGUUCUGUUUUUGUUCUUUGAAGCCAUGCUAUGACUUACUUCCACUGACUGAUCUGAAUUUUCAGGAAAGACCGUCUUUUGCAUUUGUUCCAUCUUAAUCUUCUAAACAACUGUCCACAUAUUUGCCAAAUGUUACUAUAGUACUGUUAUACAGUUAAAAAAUUGCUAACAAGCACGAAAGCUUGGCUUGGCAUGUAAUGAAAAGCCAGUAUUGAGUUUCUCAAUACAUUUGCAUAUGGAACAGAUGAGAGGUAAAUCAUAAUGAAAAUGCUAUUCUUGCCAUCUACAAUAAAUAUGUAAAACUGUGCCUAUGUUUCUUUCAUGUAUCUAAGCCUCAGGAAGGGGACUGCAUGUGGAUAUAAGUACUGCAAGUAACAUGUAUUCAGGUCCUGGUUUUGCACUUCACAUUGAAAUUGCUCAGUUGAGCAAACUAAACAAAAUCUUGGUGAAAGCAUGGUAUUUUUAAUAAGGUGAUUCUUUAUGUCCUUACAAAAUAUCGAAAGGAGUAGGGAAAAUGAUACAUAUGCAGAAUGGCACUGUUGAUCCCAACCAAAAAGUGCUAUAAAAAAUGUCUUCACAGAAAAGUUUGUACCCAUUGGUUUUUUUUGUCCAAGAAAGAAUUCCCAAUGGUCCUGUGUAA